UAGUUCAUUUUUCCAGAAAUUGAAACUGAAACUGAGGUCAUGUGACAGGCGGCCCGGUACUUAGCGGGGCGCCCGGCCCUGCGGAGGAUUUCUGCUCGGAGCCAACCCAACACGCCGGGCAGGAUGCGGUGCUCCGCUUGCAAUUUCGUCUCCAAGGAGGAAGCCCCCAAGUUCUGCAGCAACUGUGGCCAGAAGAUGCAGCCUACGGCCCCCCUGACCGGUGAGGCCCCUGGGAGGUGCUGGGGGUCCCUGCGCGCCCCAUCGCCCAUCAGAGGAGACCCUGGGGACCCCAAGCCCCAGCCCACAGCCCCCCUGGGGAUGAGGGAGCCACCUGCGAUGGCUCUCCCCUGCCUCUGUGGCUUUCUGGAUAGUAGUGUCCCCAGCUCAGGAAAAGCCUUCAGAGCACGCCACCUCCCCGACACAAUGCACCGCCUGCACCCUUGGCACCAAGUCUUGCACCGACACAAAGGGUGGAGGGCAGCGCCCCUGCCCUCCCCACCCCGCCCUUCCUCCUGCUUUAACUUGACUCUGCUACCAAACUCAGUGCGCAGUCAGGUUGUGGAUGUGGGUGAAGCCCCUUGCCGGCCCCAGCUCCUGGAGGAGGCGCCCAGGCAGGCCGGGGAAGAAGGUCCCCAGGAACCCCCGCAGCAAGUGGCCCCCGAGGCCCCCCGGGCCCCUGAGGGCGAAGGCCCGUGCCAGGGCGAUGUGGAGCUCGGGCAGGAGCUGAAGGCCGACCCCGCUGCCUUCUCGUCCGUGUCCCUGGGCUCUGGAGCCUGGCAGGAGCCCGAAGAGCCGCCCUCCGACUGCUCCUGGACCACCCCGAUGUGGGCAGGCACUAAGCCCACCCAGGAAAAGAAGCAGGUUCUGCCGCCUCAGACCCAGGGUGGCCCCCUACCUGCUGGCCACCAGACUCCUGGCCCUGCGUGCCCAGAGUCACUUGGCACUCUCACAUCACCCAUCCCAAGUGCUCCUGACCACAAGCAGAUGGACACGUGCCCUGAGGUCAUUUCCACCCCCCUGGAUGGUCCCUGCGCCUCCCAAGGGAUGGCGUCACCCACUGUGGGAAGCACUGGGUUGGAAGGGGACCCUCCAGAAAUGAAGAAGAAGCAGCAGCCACACCUAGCCACCUCCCAGGAUGGGAGCCUCCCAUCCAAAGGGGCUGGCCCAGACCCCAAUGCCCACAAGGGGGGACCCCCCAAGGAGGAUGGAGCUGCCCAGGAACCUAAGCAGAAGGGAGAGGGCUCUCCAGCCCCAGGAGCACCACAAGCAUCGGCCCUGGGCGGCGCAUCUAGUUCGGAGCCUGUUGUCACCAUUUACUUCCACGCCAUCCUAUCCAAGGACUUUAACUUUGACCCCCAACAUCACCGUGUUGUCAUCCGGGGCGGGGAGGAGUUUGGGAAGCCGGAGUGGAAGAGGGAAGUGUGCGAGUUGCAUUGCAGCCGGAUCUUAGAGGGCCACGGCUUCUUGGUGGAAGGCAGCACUGUCCUUUUGCAGUGCUACCUGGACAAGGCCAUCCCUUACAAGUACACAGUGGACCGCGGCCAGGGCAGCUUUGAGUACGAGUUCAUCUACAAGACUCCAGCCAAGAAAGGGCAGCACAUCAACCGUUGCCUGGUCGUGAAGCCGCACUUGCUGGACACUGGAGACUGGCACCAGUACGAUGACAUCGUCUGCAGGAAGCCCAGCUUCAUGAAGUCCAUCUCCAACUUAUUCCACCCGAAUUUGGUGGUGCAGGGGAAGCAGUUGGCCGCAACCGAGAUGCUGAACAGCGUGUUUGGUGUGCUGGGGACGUGGACUGCAGCCAAUGUGGCGGCCUUCUGUAGCCAGAUGCAGCAGCUCUUCGAGGUGCUCCGCAGGCCCAUAGUCUACGAGGGCAAAUUGCUCCCCUGGGCCGACCUGCCCUAUGGAGAAAAGGAGGUGAGGGAGCAUCUGUGGCAUUACCUGAGGAAGCGGCUGGCGUCGUUAUUGGAUGGGGACCCCCUGCCCAGAGGGUGGCCUCAGAGCCCAUUGAAGCUGGGCCUGAUGGUGUUUUUCUGCGUCCGAAAAUUCAUCCUGCCAGUGUUGGAGGAAGAUCUGGGCCUGUUAUGCCGCUGUCUGUAUCACAGGUCUGCCACUGGCAGCUUUUGGAGUGAUCUGGACCACAUUUACAGCACCCCGCACAGUUGGAAAAAUGACUUGGAAGACCUGUUCCAGCGCUGCAGGGACUCAAGGGUGCACCUGUGGGUGUGUGCGCUGCCCCUGCUGCACCACCUCACCCCAUCAGCCCUGACCUGGUCCGACAUGCCGCAGCAGUCAGAGACGGCCUGGGCUGGUCUCAAGGGAGUCAAACUCUCCAAAUGUCAGGAGAUUCGGACGGAACAGGGGGCACUUCUAGAGCUGAUGAAGAAGAAUGGACACUUGCUGAAGCUGGACCCCUGCCUUUUUCGCUCCUGGUUCAGUCUGCUGCACUUGGGCCAGCUAGCCUCUUACAUGAGCCACUUCCAGGGCCACCUGAGUGACUUCCCCGAGCAGGUGGUUGACUGCCUGAUGGGGACCUACCUCCGGCUCUGCAGACAGAAGGAGAUCUCCAAUAUGCAGAUAACUGAUAUUGAGACGAUCCUGAAGACACUCUUGGUACUCCUGGAGAUUUUCGGGAAGAAGGCACUCCAGGACACCUUAGCACCCACCUAUCUCUCUUUGGGCCUCAAGAUUCACGAAAAUGUCUGCCAAAAGGUCAAGAACCAGAAAUUCUACAAGCUCCCUGCUCUGUCUGCCCAGCUGGUCUGCAAUAUCGUCACACUGAGAUGUGCAGGGGACUUGGCUGCAGGCCAGCAAGGCAUGUCUGAAGGCAGCUCUGUUACCGCUGUCGUCCAGGGGACUCUGGAAGCCACGAGACAGUGGCUACGGAAAAUGUUCGAGAAGCCCAUGCUCAGGGUGUCAGUCUCGUCUGGGACCAUGCUUGUCAUGUUCACUUGCCAGGAGGAGAUCGAGAGCUGGAGGUGCUUGGUGGAUGUGAACUUCCCUGAAGAUCUGGGCUGGAAGGAGGCCCUGCUGGGGGACAUGGAAGGGAGGCUCAAACAGGAGACGGCCCGCGCCCAGAUCUCCGCCUUCUGCAGCUCUGCCUGGGACACUGUGGGCACUGCCAACAGUGUGGCCAAGCGUUUUGAGAAAUGUGCCAUCGAGGCCGUGAGUGCCGCCUGCCAGUCCCAGACCAGCGUGCUCAGCGGGCUGUCGUGCCAGGACAAGCGCAAGUUCAGCACACUCUUGUCUGCCGUGGUCACCACGUCCUGGCCCCGGUAUCAGGACACAGCUGUGGACGGACUGGAGGAGGUCCUGAAGCACCUGCUGAUCUGCCCGGAUGCCCAGCACAUCUGCAAGUUGCUCGACACCAGGGACAUCCUCGAGAACCUCGAUGAUGAAGGCAGGCGGCUGAUGGCUGUGGCAGACUCCGUGUUGACCAAGGUGGUGGGCGACCUCUGCUCAGGGGCCAUCACAGUCGCUCAGCUGGAGCUCAUUCUCCAGCACAAGGCCCAGUUUCUGGACCUCUCGCAGAUAUUGAGCAAAAGUACCUCACGCCCGAAGCCGCCACAGGACUUGCAGUGGGUGCUUCGGCAGAGACGGGAGGAGCUGGGGCUCGUGGAGCAGGAGAAGCGCCAUGUGAUGAGCCUCCUACAGCUCUUCGCUGAGGUGCAGGACCUGGUGGAAGUGGACGUGAAUGACCUUGAAAAGAGACACAGGGAAGACCUCAGUGACCACAAGCUGCUGGACCUGGUGGAGGUGACUCUGUCCCCUGCCGUCCCCAUGGACCUCAGUAGCACCAAACAUUUCCAGCUGAGUGGCUCCGUGUUGGACAUGGCCAUGGAGAUACACACGCUCAGGGACAGCCAUGUGUUCCGGGGCUUCUGGAAAGAGACAGCGUCUAUGCUGAGCCAGCUCCGCAUCGAGUACCAGAAGCAAGACGAAGACGAGGACCAGGAGCAGGACGAAGAUGAGGACCAGGAUGAUGACUCAGACGGGGACAAGCAUGAGGAUGGAGAUGCCCCGAGAGGCCUCACACUCCGGGAGGCCUGUGAAUGCUUGUAUAAGCCCUGCCGCACCAAGUUCAAGAUGCUUUACCAGAACCUGAGAACAGCAGAGGUCACCUUCGGGGAAAUCAGCACCACCCUCCAAGACUUCUCGGAUAAAUACAACGAGCUGACCGUUGACCUCAAGCUCAUGUGUACGCUGGACCCCUCAGACUCUGGGGACUGGAUCCCCAAGCGGGUGGAGCAGAUCAGGGAGUAUCAGCACUUGAAUCAGGCUGUGGACUCGGCCAAAGUCAUCUUGAAGGUCAAAGACAACCUGGGCCUGACCGGGGACUUCAGUGUCCUCCAGACUCUGCUGAGUUUCGCUGACAACUUUGCUGAGUUUCGCAACAAGAAACUUGAAGAGAUGAGCACACAGUUCAUGCGGGGCCGGAGGCUCCUGCGCAACAUAACCGAGCCACAGUACCAGUGUUUGCGAGAGCUGAGUCUUCGGAAGGAAUUUGUCGCCUGGGUCCAGGAGGCGCUAGAAGGCAUCACGGAGUUGAAGGUGUUUGUAGACCUGGCGUCCAUCUCAGCUGGGGAGAAUGACAUCGAUGUGGACCGCGUGGCCUGCUUCCACGACGCUGUGCAGGGCUACGCCUCCCUCCUGUACAAGCUGGAGCCCAGCGCCAACUUCUCCGAGUUCAUGGGGCAGCUGAAGGAAGUGUGGAAGGCUUUGGAAAGUGACCAGAACCUGCCCCUUAAGCUGCGGGACUCGGCACGGAACCUGGACUGGCUGAAGACAGUGAAGGAGAGCCACGGCUCUGUGGAGCUCUCGUCCCUGUCACUGGCCACGGCUAUCAACAGCAAGGGUGUAUACGUGAUCCAGGUGCCCCAGGCUGACCAGGAGAUCUCUCCCGACACCAUGGUGCACCUGUUUGUGCCCGAGAGCCACGGUGAGCUGGAAGAGGAUCGGGAGUGCUCCCUGGAGGAACUUCGGGAGCUCCUGCACAAGCUGAUGCUGCUGUCAGGCCUGAAGGAGCACGGCGCUGCUGAGGUGGAGCUGUUCUCUGAGGUAUUCAGCAACGUGGAGAGACUGGUGGAUGCUUUCAUACAGCUGCACAGCGCUGGCAACAUGCUUUUCCGGGCCUGGAGUGCCGAGGUGCACUGCAACCCCACGCAGGGCACUGUUGUCCUGGACUUCUGUUCGGGGCUGGGGAAGCUGCAGGGCAGCGGGCGGGUGGCCGAGCUGCUGGCCGGCGUGUGCCGGGAGCUGGAGGCCUUCCUGGAAUGCUGGCAGGACUUCGUGGUGGAGCAGCGUACCCAGCACUUUUACCUCAACUACUACACAGCGGAGCAGCUGGUAUUUCUGAGCUCCGAGCUGUGCCAGGAGCCACCCAGCCAGGCAGCGCUCACCAUGCUGUCCUUCCUCCUGGACGGCUGUGCCCCUGCCGAUGUUGCCAAGGCCUGUGCGGGACUCAGGGCUGGGCCGGCUGUGCAGCCCCAGAGAUGGGCUCCAGACCAGCUGCCGCCCCAGGCUGACCUGGUGACUCAGUUGCAGCUGUUCCUGCAGCAGUCACUGAGGUGCUCGAGGACAUUCCUGCCCGCCUGUUUGGACUUAGGGGAGCUGGGCUGCUGCCUGGCUGCUCUAGCUAAGCAGGGCCGGCCUCCCGUGCAGCGGGAGCUCCCCCGGGGCCUGCAGGCCGGCCGGCCCAACCUGGUGAUGUGCAGUGAGGCCGAGGUGCUGCCAGCUGCCCUGGCACUUUACAUGCACAACCCGACCCAGCCCCUGCCUUCCUUCGAUGAGGUGCUACUGUGUGGCCCGGACACCCCGUUUGAAGACGUGGCCCUGCUCCUGCGCCGCUGUCUGUCGCCCAGCGCCCCAGGCCACAUGGUCCACUGCCUGCUCUUCGCUGACCGGCUGAGCUUCGAGGUGGCCCAUCAGGCCGAGGAGCUCUUCCAGGUGCUGUGCUCCCAGCCACACCGCCGGGAUUUCCAGCUGGUGCUGCUGUGUGACAGCCAGCGUGAGCAUUGCUACCUGCCUGCCGCCUUCAGCCGCCACAAAGUGCUGCUGGCCCCCAAGCAGCCGCUGCCUGCCCUGCAGGCCUACUUGGCCCACCAUUUCCAGGUCCCCAAGCACACGCCUGCUGUGUUCCAAGGAGGCACCUGUGUCGGCCUGGUCACUUCACACCGCGCUGGAGUCGGCAAGUCUCUGUACAUCAAGAGGCUGCACGAGCAGCUGAAGACAAAGCUGAGGAGCAAAGAUGUGCCCCUGAAGGUGGUCCGGCUGAUGGAACGCCAUGCCGCUGAGCCCCGCGUGCUGGCUGCACUGCUGCCCUUCCUGGACACCCGCUACCAGAAGAAGCCCAUGCUGAUCCACUUGGAUGUGACCUCGGCCGUGCAGACGGGCACAGAGGAAUUUCUCUUCAAACUCCUCAUCCUGCGCUGCUUGUCGGAUGCCAGCGGGAAGAUGUGGCUGCGGGAACCACGGCACCUGUAUGUCGUGGAAAUCCUGGAGGGCCCUGAGGCCCAGACAGCCCGGUGUUCGAAGAAGUUCGCUCAGGCGCCCCAUUUCAGCUUUUUGGAUGUCUUCCCCAAGAUCACCUGCCGACCACCCAAGGAUGUGAUCAACCUAGAACUGAGUCCAGAGGGCAGCACUCGGGGGCCUGGCAUGGACAUGGUUGAAUUCCACAGCGAGACGUUCCAGAGGCCUUACCAGUACCUCAGCCGCUUCUAUCGGAAGCAGGACCUGGACGAGUUCUGGUACGAAGAGGGCUCCGUGGAAGACACGCCUGGCGAGUGCCUCCAGCUCUUGCUCAUCUACUGCGGCCUGGUGAACCCGUCGUGGGCUGAGCUGCGGAACUUUGUGCAAUUCCUCAACUACCAACUCCGGGACUGCGAGCACUCGCUCUUCUGCAACCUCAGCGCCACGGGGGACACACUGAAGGGCUUCAAGGCCUUCGUGGUGGACUUCAUGAUCCUCAUGGCUCGCGAUUUUGCUACCCCGACCCUGCAGUCCUCCGACCAGAGCCCCGGCCAGCAUAACUUCUCCCUGGACGGCAUCCGGGAGGAGGACCUGGCCCCAUUCUCUCUGAGGAAGCGCUGGGAAUCCGAGCCACACCCCUACACUUUCUUCAACAGUGACCACACCACCAUGACCUUCAUUGGCUUUCAUGUCCAUGUCAGCCCCGACGGCACGGUGGAUGCCGUCGAUGCGGUGACGGGCAAUGUCCUCAAAAGGGGCAUCAUGAGCCAGCGGCUGCUUCGGGGGCUGCAGAGCCAGUGGGUCCCCUUCAACCUGGACUUCGACAAGCUGCCCAGGCACGACAAGCUGGAGCGGCUCUGCCUGGCCUUGGGGAUUCAGUGGCCCACUGACCCUGACGAGACGUACGAGUUGACCACUGACAACAUGCUGAAGAUCUUGGCCAUCGAGAUGCGCUUCCGCUGCGACAUCCCCGUCAUCAUCAUGGGGGAGACGGGCUGCGGGAAGACCAGGCUGAUCCGGUUCCUCAGCGACCUGCGGCGGGGCUGCACCGAUGCCGAGACCCUGCGGCUGGUCAAGGUACAUGGAGGGACCACGGCCAGCAUGAUCUACACCCACGUCCAGGAGGCGCAAGCCUUGGCGCAGCGAAACAGGCGUGAGUACCAGCUUGACACCAUCUUGUUCCUGGACGAGGCUAACACCUCGGAGGCCAUCAGCUGCAUCAAGGAGAUCCUGUGUGACCGCACCUUGGAUGGAUGGCCCCUGGCCCCAGACUCCGGCUUGCACAUCAUCGCCGCCUGCAAUCCCUACCGGAAGCACACGCAGGAGAUGAUCGACCACCUGGAGAUGGCGGGGCUGGGGUACCGGGUGCGGGCAGAGGAGACGACUGAGAGGCUGGGCUCCAUCCCCCUGCGGCAGCUGGUCUACCGGGUCCACGCGCUGCCACCGAGCCUCAUCCCUCUGGUGUGGGACUUUGGGCAACUGCAGGAUGCCACGGAGAAACUUUACAUCCAGCAGAUUGUGCGGCGGCUGGCAGAGGACAUGCCACUCAGAGAGCAGCAGGUCCAGCUUAUUGCCAAUGUGCUAUCAGCUUCACAGGCCUUGAUGCGGACCCCGAAGAGCAGGUGCGGCUUUGUGAGCCUGCGGGAUGUGGAACGCUGGGCCAAGGUCUUCCAAUGGUUCCUGAAGCACAGCCAGGAGCUGCUGCACCAGCUCGAGGCCUUCCUGAACAAGGCAGGGGACACAGGUGGCAACUUUGCCAGGGACCCCGUGCUCUGGGCGCUGGUGCUGGCCGUCGGUGUGUGCUAUCACGCUGCCCUGGAGGACAAGGAGACCUACCGGAAAGCUAUUUGCAGCCUCCUUCCCGCCCCGUACGACAACAGCAGGGCCAUCUUGGAGGAGAUCAGCCGCGUGCAGGACCUGUUCCUGGAUGGUGUGGUGCUGCGGAGGACCAUCGCCAAGAACCUGGCCCUGAAGGAAAACGUGUUCAUGAUGGUGCUGUGCAUCGAACUCAAAAUCCCGCUCUUCCUGGUGGGCAAACCCGGCAGCUCCAAGUCACUGGCCAAGACCAUCGUGGCCGACGCCAUGCAGGGCCCAGCGGCACCUUCCGCCCUCUUCCGUGGCCUGAAGCAGGCGCACUUGGUGUCAUUCCAGUGCAGCCCACACUCCACCCCGCAGGGCAUCGUGGGUACAUUCCGCCAGUGCGCCCGCUUCCAGCAGGGCAAGGACCUGGACCGCUACGUGUCAGUGGUGGUGCUGGAUGAGGUGGGGCUGGCCGAGGACUCCCCCACAAUGCCCCUCAAGGCCCUACACCCUCUGCUGGAGGAUGGCUGCAUUGAAGACAGUCCCGCACCCCACAAGAAGGUGGGCUUCAUCGGCAUCUCCAAUUGGGCGCUGGACCCUGCCAAGAUGAACCGGGGCCUGUCGGUGUCCCGGGGCAGCCCCUCCGAGAAGGAGCUGGUGGAGAGUGCCCGGGGCAUCUGCUCGUCCGAUCCCCUGGUGCAGAACAAGGUCCAGGGCUACUUCGGCCCUUUGGCUCGGGCCUAUCAGCAGGUAUGCCAGACACAGGACAAAGAGUUUUUCGGGCUCCGGGACUAUUACAGCCUCAUCAAGAUGGUCUUCUCCGCGGCCCGGGUAGCCAACAAGGAACCGUCACAGCUGGAUGUCGCGCGGGCCGUGCUCCGCAACUUUAGUGGCAAGGACAACAUGGACGUACUGGAGCUAUUUGGCGCUCAGUUGCCCAUGGCUGGGUGCGGUCCGGAGGUCAGCACCAUGCACAUGAUCCGCGAGAACAUUCUUGGCUCCCAGAGGCCAGCGGGUGGCAGCAGCGAGCUGGACGACUUGGAGACGCGUUACCUGCUGGUGCUCACCCGCAACUACGCGGCUCUCCCAAUCCUGCAGCAGGGCCUGUUCCGGGAGGGCCCGCAUCCGGAGAUCCUGUUUGGCUCCAGCUUCCCUCGCGACCAGGAGUACAGUCAGAUCUGCCGGAACAUCAACCGUGUGAAGGUGUGCAUGGAGACUGGCCGCACGGUGUUGCUGCUGAACCUGCAGAGCCUCUACGAGAGCCUGUACGACGCGCUCAACCAGUACUACGUUUACUUGGGUGGGCAGAAGUAUGUGGACCUGGGGCUGGGCACCCACCGCGUCAAGUGCCGCGUGCACCCCAACUUCCGCCUGCUGGUCAUCGAGGAGAAGGACGUGGUGUACCAGCACUUCCCCAUCCCGCUCAUCAACCGGCUGGAAAAGCACUACCUGGACAUCCACACAGUGCUGGAGCCUUGGCAGCGGCGUGCGGCCGAGGAGGUCCGACGCUGGGCGUGCAGUUUUGCUCAAGUGGCCCCCGAGUUCCGGACCGGGUCCCAGUACGACCCCUCGGAUGCCUUCGUGGGCUUCCACUCAGAUGCGUGUGCCGCCCUGGUACUGCAGGCGGCUGAGCUCCUGGGGCCAGGCCCCUCCUCUGAAGACCUCUACCGGCGGGUGUGCACCGCUGCCCAGAUGGCGCUGCUAGACUGUGCCACGCCCGACGCCGUGGUGCGCCUGGCCACGUCGACGCUGGGCAGCUUUGCCGCCAAGGCCCUGGCACAAGAGUACUACGAAGGACAACAGCAUGGCUCCCUGGCCGACUUCCUGCAGGGGCACUUGCGCACCCUGGACCCGGCACGCCCCACUGCCUUCACUGAGGUGACCACAUUCUCCAGGCUGCUGAGCACUCACGACCUGGCCGAGCUGGCGUCGGAACUUCAGGACUGGAACGCGAGACUCUGGCUCCUGUCCCUGCAGCAGUUUGACACUGAGUGCUCUUUCCUCAGAGAAGUGCGCUCCUGCUGCUGCUCCUCAGCCCCGUACAAGAUCCUCAUCAUCCAGACUGACUUCCAGGAGGGGCUGCACAGCGCCCAGCUCGGGGCCUCUGCCAAGUUUGCAGCCAUCAAUGAGAUCAACCAGCUGCAAGAGGCCCAGGGGUGCGUCCUGGUCUAUUUUAUCACCAAACUGUCUCGGAUGGGGAGCAGCUCUUGCUACGUGGGGUUCCAGGGAGGACUGUGGCGGGCAGUGCAUCUGGAUGACCUGAGGAGACCCACUGCCAUGGUCUCGGAUAUCACCAAGCUGCAGGACAUGACUCUGAGUCAGCUCUUCCAACCGGAAGCUAGGCCCGAGGAGGACGGAGACUCUAGGCCUGAAGACAAUGCCCAGGAGGCCAUGGAUACCAGCCCUGACCCCCCGGGAGACAUGGUGGAGGAGGUGGACAGAGUAGAGGAAAUGGACACAAGAAGUCCCAUGACCACAGACAAGGCCUCAGAGCAGAGGGGCCAGGUCCUGGACACGGUCAGGCUCCUGCGCAGCUGCAUCCAAGAAGCCGUAGGGCUCCUCCAAGACCCCCCCGACAGCGGCCAGCGCAGCAUGCGGAGGGUGGACAUCCUGCUGGGCCUCCUGGCUGAGGAACCCCCAGAAGCAGCCCCUUUCCUGCAGAUACUCAAGCUCCGUCUCUGGCACCUUCUGAGGCAGCAGGAGGAGCAGUCACUGGGCAACACCCAGUGGGUGGCUCGAGUAGCCGCCAACCAGGAGGCACUGCAGGAGGCUGGCACCUUCAGACACACGCUCUGGAAGCGUAUCCAGGCUGCAGUGACACCGCUACUGGCCAGCAUCCUCUCUGUCAUCGACCGUGAAGGGAACCUGGAGCUACUGGUCAGGCCUGGGUUGCCUGGCUGGGCCCAGGAGCUCUGGAUGACCAUCUUCAAUGACAUAAAGUUCCUGAACAUCCCUCUGGUGUCAGGCUACUCCAGAGUCAGGGGGGAGGCGCUGUCUGUGCCAGUGCAGAGCUGCAUGUGCCUCGAGGAAAAUGCCUCCAACGCUGUGCCCUUCAGCUGGAGAAUCCGGGAGUACGUGGAAGAGCUGUGCAUGCAGGAGCAGUACAUCGGCGGUGCCCACGGCCCAGUGGAGAGGCUGGUGCACAUCUUUCAGCAGACUCCUCUUGGCUGCUUCCUGGCACGGCUUGGGGACAGUGUGCAGCAGGAGCUACUGGACGCUUAUGCCAGGGACUUCCUUCUAUUGACCACGAGGGUGUCCUCAGAUCAAGAGCUGAUGUUUUUGCAGAUGGCUCUUUGGUCGUGCAUAAGGGAGAUGCAUGUGGGGCGGCCCCAGGAGGAGCCAGCCUUGCCUUGGAUACACCUGGCCUACCGUCACUUCCGACUACGGCUGCAGAACUUCUCCAGGCUUGUGGCCAUCUAUCCCGAGAUCAUGAACAGCCUUGCAGCGAGCACCCAAGGCCACAGUUCAAUGGCCAGGGAGAUGACCUUGGAUGCCCUGGCAGCACUUGCCUGUGUGGAGCUGCUGAGCACACAGCUGCUGCAGCCCAAUGCCCAGGCCUGGCUGCAGAUGGUAAAGCGCCUCUCCACGCCACUGGAGCUGCUCUGCUCUGACGCCUAUCUGCAUGGCUGUGGGCAUCUGACCCGGGACAUUGCCAAGGAGGUCAGGGCCCAUUGGAACCGCAUCUGCUCCCUCGCCCUCUUCGUGGAGCACGUGCUGCUGGGCACCCAGAUCCAAGUCCCUGAGCUCAACCAGCUGGUCACCCAGUACGUCACCCAGCUCAGCAAGUGUCUGCAGGAGAACUCGGACGUGAAGAAGCAUCGGGCUUUCCAGGCCGUCAUAAGAACCCUCUGUGACUGCAAGGAGCAGGCCAGCCGCGCCCUGUCUAGGUAUGGGGUGCAGCCCUGCCCCAUCUGCCUGGUGGAUGCCCUAGAGCCUGUGUGCCUGCCCUGCGACCACGUGUAUUGCAAGCCAUGCAUCUGCCUGUGGCUGUCCACGGAGCGCCGGUGCCCGCUCUGCCUCACCGACCUGCCUGACAAGUUCUCAGUCCAGGUCUCCCCCCAGCACAGGAAGGCCAUCAGCAAGCACGCCCACUUCCGGGAGCUGUGCACCAGCUUCUUCCUGGACCUGGUGUCGUCUGUUUGCUUCCGGGACAACACGCCCCCUGACAGAAAGGUGGUGCAGUCCCUGUUGUUGCUGCUCUUUGCUGAGAAGACGCUGCCCAGAGACGCACCCCAGAGGAGCCGCCAGCACACCAAGACUCUGUCCCCCUUUGACGACGUGGUGGACAAGAACCCUGUUAUCCGUUCAGUCAUUCUGAAGCUACUCCUUAAGUACAGCUUCCGCGAAGUGAAAUGUUACCUUCAGGACUACCUGUCCAUGCUGGAGAAGAAGGCGUUCAUUUCAGAAGACAGAACAGAAUUGUACAUCCUGUUCAGUAACUGCCUGGAGGACUCUUUGUAUGAGAAGACUAGUGCCCUGAGCCCAGCCGCUGCUGCCGAGCACCUGAGGGAGGAGACGCGCUUCCUGCAGGCCUGUGUGCAGGCCCGGGGAGGCCGUGGCGCCUCCUGGGAAGCCUCAGUCGAGGGUCUGCAGGAGCUGACACGGCUGCGCCUGUGCCUGGACCGGGCAGCUGAGUUCCUGGCUGAGCUGCAGGAAGGCUCUGCUGUGCCCGUGGAGCAGGACAAACACCAGUACCUGCAGCAGGUGGCACAGCUCUGCCAGAGCAUCGGCAAUGACUGGUUCCGUGUCUACCUGGUGCGCAGACUUGCCAGCCAGCAUGGCCUGGAGUUCACGCAGCGCCUGACCAUGCACUGCCCCGACGCCCAGUGGGUGCUUCCCGCAGGGGUCCUGCCUCAGAGAGACCAACUGUGCCCCAUGGACAGCUUCCUGGUAUACGGCAGGGACUAUAAGGUUGUUCGGGAGGCCGUGGGCAAAGCCAUGCUGGAUGGUCAGUUGCAGACCUUGGAGGAGCUCCAGGCCCAUAAUAAGGCCGGGACCCAGCAGACUGCCCACCUGCUCUUAGCACUCUUCAGAGAGGUCAGCGCCCCACACGCGGCCUGCAGCACCAACCGUCAGCCCAGGCCAGAGCAUGAGGCCAUGGACAAGUUUAUCAGAGACUGUCAGGCCCUGCCCACGCCUGCUCUCCAAGACUUCGCUGCCUCCCUGGUGAGCGGUGCCCUCCCGCUGCUGAAGCUGGAUGGCAUGGGAGGGACGGUGCUGGACCUGGCCAUACACGCCGCCGUCGUGUUCCUGUGUGGACAGAACUCGGAACUGGAGCCCCUGCAGAGACUGGCCUUUGCCCCAGCUACCAUGGUGAAUGCGUUUCUCCCCACGAUGCCCGAAGACCUGAUGGCACAGGCUCGGCGCUGGCAGGGACUGGAGAAACUGCACUGGUAUGUGUGUCCCAACGGCCACCCCUGUGCCAUCGGGGAGUGUGGCAUGCCCGUGGAGAAGAGCGUGUGUGUGGACUGCCGGGCCCCCAUUGGAGGCCAAGACCACAAGCCCCAGUCAGGCUUCAGCAAAGUCAUAGACAGCACAGAUCACACGCAGACGGGUCAUGUGCUAGGCAACCCACGGCUGCAUGGGGAACCCAGUGUUUCAGACCGUGGGCUUGGGCCUGUGCCCUUCCUGCUGCUCCGGCUGCUCACCCACCUGGCGCUGCUGUUGGGUGCCAGCCACAGCCCCCAGGAUCUGAGGCGCCUCAUCAAACCACCCGUGCCAGAUCCCGUGAGCUUCCUGCAGCACCACCUGCUGAGAGACUUGGAGCAGCUGAUGCAGACGCUGGGCCGGAGCGCAGACGAUGCGGCCCACGCUGUACACCUGGUGCUGCGCUGCCUCCUCACGGCACAGGGCUCCAGCUCAGGCUGCUUGCUGAGCUCCAGAGAAGCGCGGAACAGCUGGGAGAAGCGUGUGGGCUCCCUGCUCCUCCAGGAGCUGCAGCACCUGGACCAGUCACUCCGGACCCUCAACAAACUCCUCAGCGAGGAUGAACGCAUCGGCUCCAACCCCGUGGCCAGGAUGGUGCUGGGCGACCCCGUGGCCUUUCUGCCACAGCUACCGAAGGACAGUGGGCUGCACUGCUCCAGGAUGUGGCACUGUAGGAAGAGGCUGAACGCUGAGCACCUGCGGCAUGUGGUAGAGAGGAGAGGUCGGGAGAGCGUCCCCGCACUAUGGCACUUCCUCCAGCAUGAGGCAGAGCUGAGACUGGUGAAAUUUCUCCCCGAGAUUCUGGCCCUGCAGAGAAGCCUCGUGAGGCAGUUCCAGAAUGUCCCCGAAGUGCCCAACUUCACCAUCAGGAAUUUCAUCAACAGCCACGAGUCAGAGGGACUGAAGCAGCUUUUCCAGGACCAAAUUGGCCUCUUCCUGUCCACGUGGAACAAACUUCGCUCCUCGCUGCAGACUCAAGGCGAGAUCAAGCUGCAGAGCCACUACUGCAGUAAGGACCUGGGCCUGGAGUCCCCCUUUGAGGUCCUUCUGCCACGACGCCGGGGCCUGGGGCUCUGCUCCACAGCCCUGACCAGCUACCUCAUUGCUCUGCACAAUGCUGCCAUCUACCAGGCCCAGAAGGUCACACAGGAAGACAGCAGCUAUACCGUGGAUGCUUCAGAGGUGUCAGACUUGCACGUCAUCAGCUACGAGCCAGAGCGUGACCUGAACUCGCUCAUUCUCUCCUGCUGCCAGUACAGCGUGGAGCAGGGAGCCAAAGCGUUGCAGGAUGUCGACCUGGACAAGCUGCAGCGCCAGCUCAUCAGCCGCUUCCUCCAGGGCAAGCCUAAGCUGACACUCAAGGGCCUCCCCACGCUGGUGUGCAGGCGAGACUGGAACUACGAGCACCUCUUCCGGGUCAUCAGGAGCAAGAUGGACCAGAGCCCCCUUGGGCAUGCGGCCAGAGACAUCCUUGGGCGCCAGCUGCAGUCCUACAGUGAUGCCUGUGAGGCCCUGUCAGUGGUCGAGAUCACUCUGGGCUUCCUGAGCACAGGCGGCGGUGACCCCAACCUGCCCUUGAACGAGUUUGUCCAGGACGCUCUGCACAUGGUCGACCAGGGCCCUCAAGUGAUGGAGACCCUGGCCAGGUGCCAGCUCCGCCACGCCAUCGCCCUGUGGCAGUUCCUGUCGGCUCACAGGUCCGAGCAGCUGCUUCGCCUGCAAAGGGAGCCUUUUGGGGACAUUAGUCCCGAGUACAGAAAGGAGCUGAGCCCCGAGAAUGUCCAGCUCCUCCGAACCUUCCUGAACUACACCAGCCUGGACUCAUUUCUCCUGGAGCUGCACGACAUGAUGCUCUUGAAGCUGAAGACCCUGGACUGGAGGCCAGACUGGAGCUUGCAAGAGACUCUGGUGAGCUACAUGGACUCCCAGGAGAGCAAAGUGCUGCCUGAUCUGGAGACUCAGUUCCCGAAAGAGAUCCCGCUCGCCAGCUGUGUGGCUGUGUGGAAGGCAGCCACCCGGCUCAAGUGGGACCGCCAAGCCAGGUAGUCUCAGGCCACCGGUGAAGAAGGUUUUACAAGCAAAAGCCCCUGCAGAGACUCCAGCACGAGUCCAUGCCACAGAACUGCACUGUUGCUGGAAGUUUCCAGAACACAGGGUCUUAGCACAGUCCAGCUGCCCCAUCCCUGUUUCUAUGAGCCCAUUCAGGGCCCAGUCCCCCCUCAGGGAGAGACAGUUUAGGCUCUGU